UUUUGCAAAAGGCAGCAUUUGUGGUUAGAUCGACAAUAGUGUUUUUCUGGAAAAAGAAAGAUUCAGUGCGCUUUCAGCGUAAAAACUUUAGGAAAUUAUUCUCGAAUUAACCACCAGUAGUCUCGGAACAUGAAUCGCUGUUAGCUGCGCGCAUAAAGUUCGCAAUUAACCUAUAGCGUACAAAAGGGAAAGACAAAGGAUUGACGUUGCAUUCCGAACAUCAUUAACAUAAAAAACGGCGGAAAUUGCAGCGAAGAUCUUGUAAUGGAACCGGCUGGCGAAGUGGUUGGCCUGGCAAAUGAGCUGGCUCGUGCGGUUAAAAUCACAAUGGAUCCAGCAGCCUCACAGCAGGCUAGGAUGGAUGCGUAUGUUGCAUGUGAAAGGUUCAAAGAAGUCUCUCCGUUGUGUGCGCAAGCAGGUCUAUUUUUGGUCACGGAAAACUAUCCAUCUAUAGUUCGACACUUUGGACUUCAACUGAUGGAGCAUACGGUCAAGUUUAAUUGGAAUAACAUUUCCCAGCAAGAGAAAAUUUUCAUCAAAGAGAAUGCUAUGAAGUUGCUGUGUGCAGGAGUAGGUGAUGCCCAGGAUCAGAGUGUAUCGCAUAUCAAAGAUGGGUUGUCUCGAAUCAUUGUUGAAAUGGUUAAGCGAGAAUGGCCUCAACAGUGGACCACUUUACUGGCAGAGUUAAGUGAUGCCUGUUCAAAGGGUGUUGCUCAGACGGAGUUGGUUCUGUUGGUGUUCCUCCGAUUGGUGGAAGAUGUGGCACUGCUACAGACAAUUGAGAGCAAUCAGCGACGAAAGGACAUCUACCAAGCUCUGACGGUGAAUAUGUCAGAAAUAUUUGAUUUCUUUCUAAGACUCAUCGAACUGCACGUGGGAGAGUUUCGAAAUGCCACAUCCAUAGGAAACAAGCUUAAGGCUCUAGGGCAUAGUCGCGUUGUGCAAGUUGCCCUGCUCACGCUAACCGGGUUUGUCGAGUGGGUUUCGAUCAACCACAUAAUGGCUGCUAAUGGGAGACUGCUUCAAAUUCUCUGCAUUUUACUAAUCGACGAAGAGUUCCAGCAACCAGCGGCGGAAUGUUUGCUUCAAAUAGUGAAUCGUAAAGGACAAAUAAAAGACCGGAAGCCCCUGCUUCUAUUAUUCGACGAAGCUCCUGUGGGUCACUAUUAUCGGGCAGCUCUGCAAACCGAGCGCAUGGGAAGUGAAUCGUAUUAUGCUUUUCUAAAGAAACUAAUUCAGGUUCUCAGCGGUCUCGCAGUUCAACUGACAGGUUUGUGGGGAAAAGAAGAUUGUCUAAUCCCGCGACAAAGUUUGUCAACUUUUCUGGAAACAGUUAUUACUUUUACGCGUCACUCAAGUUACACACUAAAUCACUCCGCUGCUCUGAUUUGGAUGAGCCUACUGAAACACGAACAAAUCUGUCGCGAUCCGCUACUAUUGGAUUACAUUCCGAAGAUAAUUGAACUGAUCGGACCUAAAAUAAUUAAAGUUGGAUAUCCAGCUUCGAGACCCACUGAAAUUACGAUGCAUCCGCAGACGUUUAUCAGUCUUGACUACGACGGCGAAGAGGAAUGGUUGAUAUUCUUUUCUCGCUGCCGGACAGAUAUGCUAGAAAUUUUUCGUCAAGCCACAUUGAUUGCUCCGUUGGUGACAUUUUCUUACUGUGAACAAUGGCUUAGCGCGAGAUUACAGAAGGCACAUUCCGAACGAAAUACCACAUGCAGCAUCAUCGAUCCGGUAUAUCUGGAGUGGGAUGCUUUGGUUAACGUGCUGGAUGGUGUUCUGUCCCGUAUUCUCUUAGUAACAGAACGCCCGUCCGUCGCAACCGGAUUACGUUUGUUAGAAGAAUGUCUCAAGGUGGAUUCCAACGAUCCUUUGAUUUUGUCCGUACUAUUAUCCUGUAUCUCAGCAUUGUUCGUAUUUCUCAGCAUGUCAUCCUGUCAAAUAACAUCUGCCAACUGCGUUGCCAUGUCCGGAGUACAACUGUUGCCUCGAGUUUUGGACAAAAUCUUUGCCGCACUGGUGUUUCAACCGGCUGGAGAAACUCGCUACAAUCGCUCCAAGGCCGUAAAAAAUCAACGACGUCACGCGGCAUCGCUCAUGGUAAAAAUUGCCCACAAAUAUCCACUGCUACUUCUGCCCAUUUUCGAUCAAAUAAACACCAGUGUGCACAAUCUAAUCCAUCAACGAGGCCAGCUGAGCAAUGUUGAACAGGUCACCCUGUUGGAAGCUCUUCUACUAAUAUCAAAUCACUUCUGCGAAUAUGAACGACAGAGCAACUUUGUGGCGGAGAUAACUAGAGAUGCUGUAGCACUUUGGAUGCAUCUGUCACCGGUUGUGAAAAAUGCACAUACCUUCAUUGACUUUGUCGGAUUGAACAAACCUCCGGUUCAACAGUCCAGUGACCAACUCGAUCAAUGCAACAUUAAUCGAGGUCAGAUUUUGUUCGCUCUCAAUCUAAUUCUCGGUGUCAUCAAACGAUGCUCCUGGCCGGAUGAUCCAGAUCGUUGCUCCCGAGGAGGAUUCGUCGUCGCGUUGACCGAGUCCGGAAAUCCGAUAUGUCGCAAUCCAGCGACUUCACAUGUGGUUCCUCUUUUGCCCCACAUUCUAGGCCUGAUGCGAGUUCUCAACGAGCUAUGGAAACCGGAUGCUAUGAAUGCGGUCGAUCAUUACUUUAAAAGUGCUAACGGAAUGCAGGAACAUGAGAAAAAGCAGCUGCUAGGUGUUUCCCCGGUGCUCCAGGAUCCCCUCGAUCCGAACGUGAAGAGUCCCCCAACUCCAUUCGAUCGCAUGCAAACGUUUCUGUCGCAAACUUUUGAACACUGCUAUCACAUGAUGGGAUCUGCGGGACCUUCGCUUGGUCGUGAUUUGUAUGCGCUGCCUGGUAUCGCAGACGCUCUAAUCGGCAGCAUAUUUGCCUGUCUGGAAAACGUGCCGGAUUUUCGUCUACGGACACUGGUGCGUGUCUUUUUCAAGCCAUUCGUUUAUUCCUGCGCUCCUGUGUUUCACGAAACGGUUCUACUGCCAAUCUUUGCCCACUUUGCGCCAUUCAUGCUGACAAGACUGACUGCUCGCUGGAAGUACAUAACCGCCCUGUACGAGACCGGCGAACUGGGUGAAGACGUUAAUGACACCCAGGAGGUGCUGGAAGAUAUGCUCAACCGAUCGUUUACACGAGAGUAUAUCGAUGUGCUGAAGGUGGCACUGGUCGGAUGUACCGUCGAUCCGACGGCGACGAGCACCAACGAGUCCAGCAUGGACCACGACGACCAGAGCAUGGAUGGUCCCCCGCAGGCCCUGACACGGGCUGCUCAAUCAGCCAUGACAUCCGAGGUGAUUAGCGAUCUUGGUGGAAAAUUGCUGCGCAAUCAGUACACCUGCACUCCGAUCGUGAUGACUGUUUUGAGCGUGCUUUCGUGGAACGAUAGUAAUUCAAGUCUCAAGGCAACUUUUCUCAGCGGUCCAGUGAUUCGAUUCCUUGCCUCUGAGCAGCUGGUCACUGACACCUUGGCAUCCAACAUCAUAAUCGCAGUUCUACAAGGCCUUCAAUUACACGGGCAACAUGAAGCCAAUCAGGCAUCUCUUAUCACACUGGGUGUGCAGGCGUACGAAAUCCUGCGGCCAAAGUUUCCCUGCAUUCUGGAGGUGCUGCAACAAAUACCCAACAUCAGCGCAGCGGACAUCCAGAAGCUGGAUGAGAAGAUCUCGAUCUCCGCUAGCACCAAAGGGAACAAGAUUGAUAAAGCCAAGAAGGAUCUGUUCAAGAAGAUAACCUCGCACAUAAUGGGUCGCAGUUUGGGUCAGCAUGGCAAGAAGGAAGUUCGUAUUUUGAACCUGCCACCUAUCGUUCCACCAACCGCAGCGACAGCACGCAACGUAUACAAUCUGAUCGACGGCGGUCAGGAGACGGGACUGGCACAUCUCUUUGCCAGUCGGAGUUAGUUUCGGCCGCGUGUACCACCUACCUAUCAAAUAGGCACUGUUGCUUAGAUUUUAAAAUUGUUAGUUCUCUUAUUAGUUUUCUUAUUUUCUCUCUCUCUCGAUCCCAGUUCAAGUUUACAUCCUUUACUUUUUUUGUAUUCCAUAGGGAACAAAAUCUCACGCUGAAACCGACACCGGUUGCUUGUUAAUUGCGCUUCUCAUAUUGUGUUAUACGAAUUUUAAUUUAUUUACCUGCUAUUGGAACUAAAAAAAUCGCUUACCGAGAAUUACGCCACAGCUGCCAGCAGUAGUUGUUUUUAAAAUUGUAUUUAUUCAUUUGAAAUUUGUUGGCAUUUCUGCUAAAAAAUGGACUCAAUUCCACUGCAUAUAAUCGAAUCAAAUUACGAAAAUGGAUAGGGUGUCAUUUGAUAGGAAUUAUUUAAAUACUAGGAACUGAAGGAAAAACAUCAUUACGUGCAGUUCUAGUUUAUUAUAGUUGAUCGUGAUAAGGAUAGCAAGCAUUGAACGGAUAGAGCGUGAAUGAAUUUGUACGAGUAGAAUACCUACAUGUUAAUUUUUGGUAUUGAAGUCAUCACUGAGAAAAUGGAACCCAAUUAUACAUCUAUGAUCAAACAAAUGGUGUUUCGAAGACCGGGAAAAAAAUCUAGAAACAUAUAAUGAUAAAAUAUAAUAAUAAUCACUAUUAUUAUCCAGCCAUUGAA